AUGGCAACGGAAGUGUUAUCCCCCACCGCCAGCCAAGUCCUAACGGCCCGGCAGCCCAGCCGCAGAGCCUUCGAAAACACCCACAUCUUCGACACCAUCGCCGAACCAAAGGAACUAAAGUCAAUCGUGGAAAACGACAUCUACCUCCUUGGAGGCCAGUACGCUAUCCUCUGCCAAUUUCUCCAGCCCGCCCUCGCCAAAGGCAGCUACAACCACUCUGACUUCGCUUCCCGCAUCGCCCAGCGCCUCCGCAACACCUCGCGCUUCAUCAACGCCGCCGUCUUCGGCACUGAAGAAGAAAAGAAAGCCAUCUUCUCCGUGAUCCACAAAUACCACGCCCGCGUCAAGGGCUCCGACUACGACGCCAACGACCCCGAGCUCCACCGCUGGACAGCCGCCACGCUCUUCGUUCCCGCCGGGCAAAAAUGGGAAGCCCUGUAUAAGGAGUCGGCGGUGUUUGGGACCUCGCUGCGCAUGCCACCGGAGAUGUGGCCUGCCACGCUGGACGAGUUCUGGGAGUACUGGAACCAUAACCUUGCCACGCUGCCGGUGACGGAUGAGGCGAGGAAGCUGUGUCGGGACUUGCUGUAUCCAAAGGGCUUGCCGCUGUGGAUGGCGAUGAUUUCGCCGCUGGCCCGCCUGGUCACGGUCAACUGGUUGCCGGAGCGGCUGGCUCGGGAGUAUGGGCUGGCGCCGUCGGUUGUGAGUAAGGCGAUGUAUCACUAUUUUGUGUUCAACACGCGCAUUGUGUAUCCUUUGCUGCCGGAGAGUGUGCAACAGUAUCAGCAUCGGAUAUAUCUGACGGACUUGAAGGCGGCGGUUGAGCGGGUGAAGGAGACGGGGCAUUGGGUGGGGAUCUAA